UCUCUGUACCCCGAACCCUAACUUUGGUUUCUCUCGUCAUUUUCUUUUCUUUUCUCUUUCCCAUACAAAAUAAAUAUUCGGUCUCCCUCUUUCCCUCCUCUAUUUCUUACAUGAACGCACACUCAAAAACAGUUUCUUUGCUUAUGGUCUCUGUCUCUAUCAAUCUCUCUGUGAAGAAAACCAAACCCUAGGACUCUAAAAUCAUUGAGAAAUAACAAUAUGGGAAAGUACAUGAAGAAAUCAAAGAUCACUGGAGACUUUGCUGUUUUGGAACUCUCAACUGGUGUCCUCACAAGAGCUAAAACCCUUGCCUUGAAGCGUCUCCUUAAACUCUCUGUUAUACCUAACCCAGAUGACGCUUCUUCUUCUUCUUCUUCCUUCUGCUAUCUCCAGCUCAGGAACCGACGCCUCGAGAAACCCCCACCACCCUGCAAACAACUUCAACCCAAAGACAAAACUUGCAAACCACAAAACCCUAGCCCUGACCAUACCUGUGACUCAGAACCCAAUUCUAGCCUCAGGUUGAACUCUGUUCGCUCUGGCUCGGUUGGGUCGGUUCCACUCGGUCGCGAUGACAGGGAUAUGCAGGGGUCUUUUGGUAAUAAUGAAAUGAUGGAGAAUGGUGCUCUUGAAGCCGGUGCCGAGGAGGCUUCUCUUGGAGAAAAUAAUUUGGAGCUUGAACCCAGAGACAGGAGCACUAGAGAAAGCACGCCAUGUAGCAUGAUAAGGCGGCCAGAUAUCGUCACAACUCCUAGUUCCACCACUAGACGAAUUAGACCAUCUUAUCAUGGAGCCCAGCAUGACACGCAGAGAAUUAUACCAACACCCCGCGAACUGGAGGAAUUUUUUGCCUAUGCUGAGCAACAACAACAGAGGUUAUUUAUGGAGAAGUACAACUUUGAUGCUUUGAAUGAUAUGCCACUCCCAGGACGAUACGAAUGGGUGCAAGUUUUUCCAUGAGAAAAACUCAUUAAAUUGUAGUUCUUGUCCCAGCGACAGUAUUAAUUAGUAUCUCUUACUGGCCUUUGAAGCAAGUGGCUGGGACGAGCCAGUGACUUAUAAUCCCAUCUUCUGUGUAUGUUCAUGUAAAGAGUGAUUGGACUAAGAUGUGUAAUUGAAGGAUCUGAAAUAACAGAGCUGAUGAAUUACACACUAACAAAAAAUUCAAGGGAAAGAAAUAAUGUCUCGGAGGAUGUGUAGCUUAGGGUUUUAUUGGCUUGUCACUGUAAUUUCUUAUUGUUAUAUCUAAUUACUAGAUUUUCUUUCCUGUCAUAUUCCCUUGAAAGCUUCACUUUUGUCUAAUACUUAGGUAAGAUUGACUGGAAAUAAAUGCAAUUCAGUUGCAAUUUUAA